AUGGGUAAACAGGUCAAGAAGACGGCCAAGGGUCGUCUCGACAAGUUCUACUGGCUUGCAAAGGAGCAAGGCUACCGCUCUCGUGCCGCCUUCAAGCUCGUCCAGCUCAACAAGAAGUACAACUUCCUCGAAAAGGCAAGAUGCUGCAUCGAUUUGUGUGCUGCUCCAGGUGGUUGGCUGCAAGUCGCUGCCAAGCACAUGCCCGCCAACUCACUCAUCGUCGGUGUCGAUCUCGUCCCUAUCAAACCCAUCCCAAGAACCAUCACCUUUGCCGAGGACAUCAACUCAUACAAAUGCAGAGACCAGCUACGUCAGAUUCUCAAAGAUUGGAAGGCCGAUAUCGUCAUCCAUGACGGUGCUCCCAACGUCGGUACUGCUUGGAUUCAGGAUGCAUAUGCUCAAUCCGAGCUCACACUUCAAUCCUUACGUCUCGCUGUAGAGUUCCUCAACGCUGGCGGUACAUUCGUCACCAAGGUCUUCCGAUCAAAAGAUUACAACAACCUUCUUUGGGUAUUCAAUCAGCUCUUCAAAAAGGUCGAGGCCACCAAGCCCUCCUCGUCUCGUAACGUAUCCGCAGAGAUCUUCGUUGUCUGCCAAGGCUACAAGAACCCUGCUCGUAUUGACCCCAAGUUCCUCGACCCCCACCAUGUUUUCAAGGAGCUCGACCCUGCCGCGCUCGCUCCCGAAGAUCAGGAAGCCGGUGUGCCCCUCAGUCUCAAAGGUACAUCAGCGGGUAACGCACAUGCCAAUGUCUUUGAACCCAAGAAGGUCCGCAAACACAGAGAAGGUUACGCCGACGGAGAUUAUACCCUUUUCCACUCCCUCGAUGCCAUGGACUUUGUCAAGGGUCAAGACGUCGUCGGCAUGCUUGGUUCGUACAACGAGAUCUCGUUCAAGUCAGACGAAAGCAGGAAGCUCCUCCAUCUCCCCGAUACUACCGAUGAAAUGCGAGAGAACUGCUCCGAUCUCAAAGUUCUCGGAAAGAAGGACUUCCGCAAUCUCAUGAACUGGCGUAAGGAAGUGCGUUUGACACUCGGUCUCGAUGUCCCAAAGUCAAAGCAGAAGGAUCUCGCAGAGCAGACCGAGACGGUCGAAGUUGAGGAGAUGGACGAGGAUGACCAGAUCGAUGACGAGCUCGUCCGACUCAACGAAGAAGCCGCCAGAAAGGCACGCAAGGAGAGGCGGCGUAAGAACGAGAUGCGUCAAAAGAAGAUCCUCAAGAUGCAGCUGCAAAUGACCACUCCCAUGGACAUCGGUAUGGACGUCAUGGAUGACCAACUCGGUGCUGGCAACGGUGACAUCUUUGACAUCGGUUCUGGCGAGAAGGUCUCCAAAAAAGCCGCCAUGCAACAGGCUGAUCUCAGCGACGAUGAGAGCGAGACCAUCGUCAGCUCGCACGAUGACGAUGACGAUGACCCAGAGGUGCGCGCAAAGCGUUUGGAUGCAGAGAUGGACGCGCUCUACGACGAGUUCAAGACAAAGCAGUCGGAGCGCGAUGCCAAGUUCCGCGCCAAACAGGCCCGUCUCAAAGAUGCCAAGAACGACUCGUGGCACGGUAUCAAAGAUGACGACGAAGAAGACGAGGACGAAGACGAAGGCAAUGAAAGCGACGAGAGCGAAGGAGGAUACCACGUCGUUCAGAGGCGCAAGGAGCAGGAGGAGACAUUCGACACCGAUGACGAAGAGGACGAGGAGGAUGAACGUCUAGAGCGUGAAGUCUUGCAGUCAUCCAAGAAGAGGAAGCGGGAUGCUGCUGCCAUAUCAUCGGAGCGUUCGGAGCUCGAUAAUGCUGACAACGCCGGCAAGCCUGCAAAGCGCUCGCUUGUCAAUAGUCUCGUCAGCGAUGCCGCUCUCAGCGCUCAACAGAGUCGCGAAGCAUCCAUCUGGUUUGACAACCCGCUCUUCAAGGAUCUCGGACUGGAGACUCCAGUCGCUGAUAUCGAGCAAUUGCCAGACGAAGAGGAGAAUGACGAGGAUGAGUGGGAGGAGGCCGGGGACGACGAAGAAGUGGACAGCGACGAAGACGUGGGCUCUGUUGCCGACAGCGAUGAGGAGCAAGAAAAUGACUUUGAAGUCGUUCUUCAGGAUCAGGAAGAGGACGCCAUCCCUGACGACGAAUGGGACUUGGAUGGUGAGGACCAAGAAGCCGGCAAGCAGAAGCGUAUUCAGGAUCACGGUCUUGCCACCGCCGAAGCCGUCUCAUUGGCACAGGCGCUGGUCAACCGCAAGAUCACCAAGGAAGAUCUUAUGGACCAGGGCUUUUCUAAGAACAAUUUUGUCGACAAGGACGGUUUGCCAACAUGGUUCCUCGAUGACGAACAGAAGUACUACAAGGCCAACAUCCCCAUCACUAAGGAGGCCGUGCAGGCUCUGCGCGAGCGUCAACGUGCUCUCGACGCAAGACCUAUCAAGAAGGUGGCUGAAGCCAAGGCGAGGAAGAAGAUGCGCACGCUGCGUCGUCUAGAGAAGGCGCAGAAGAAGGCCGAGACCAUCAACGAGAAUGAGGACAUCUCGGAGAAAGAAAAGUCCUCGACCAUCAACAAGUUGCUUUCCAAGUCGGUCAAGGGCGGUCAGAAGAAAAAGGAAGUGCAGCUUGUCGUCGCCAAAGGUGUCAAUCGAGGUCUCAAAGGUCGACCCAAGGGUACCAAGGGUCGUUACAAGAUGGUCGAUCCUCGUAUGAAGAAGGAACUACGUGCUUUCAAGAGGAAGGCCAAGCGCGACGGCAAGAAGCUUGGCUCAUCCAAUCACAAACCCAGAGCAGCAAAAGGCUACGGGCCACGCAACUGA